AUGUCCAUUGAGGAUUUCCGGUGGUUGAGUGACAGCUUGCGGGACCUCUUGCAGCAGGAUCCGUUGCGCCGAGGCGAUCCCCUAUCUGUUGAAGCCCAGGUGGCUGUUGGGUUGUAUCGACUGGGGCAUGGUUCUAGUUAUGUGACAAUUGGGCAUGUCUUCAGUAUUGGCAAGGAGACGGCCGACAAGGCGACCGGCCGAUUUGUUAACGCGGUGCUGGCUAGGUUCCGGCGGGUAGCCAUCUGCUAUCCCCCUUUGGCGCGCGGGGAUCAGUGGGACAAAAUCAGUGCUUCCUUUGAGGCUAAGCAUGGAAUCCCUAAUAUUGUAGGGGCUAUAGAUGGCACACACAUCCCUUUGGCCACCCCAGCAGAUGACCGAUGGAAGGGUUACAUUAAUCGAAAAAGUUGGGCCUCGAUUGUCUUCCAAUGCGUGGUCGACGGCGAUGGUGAGUGGGGGAGCAGGUCCGAGCUGGGGCAUAGCAUCACAAAUGGGACGGCGGCCGAGCCAAUGAUCCCCCAUGGGACCUACCUCAUUGGUGAUGCAGGAUAUCCUUCAAAUGUGCGAGUUCUCCUACCUUACCUGUCGACUGCUACCGCCGAGAAUGAGGAAUUCAAUUUCAUCCAGUCGUCCACUCGGAUCAUAGUCGAACAGUCGUUUGGGAGCCUGAAGAAUCGCUUCCGGAUCCUCUUACAUGCACAGAUGGCCCGGCCGCUUCGGGCAAGGAAUAACGCAUUUGCUUGCAUGAUCCUCCAUAAUCUGCUCAACAAACGGGGCUCCCUGUAUCUCCAGGCAUGGGAUGCGCGCAAUCCGGCAGAGCAAGUAUUCAAUGAACUACCCGAUGAACGAGGCGAGGGGGGCAGGAGGCGCGUGGCGGAUGAAGGCCAGGUGUCUAUGUCGGCCAUCCGUGAUAUGCUUCGGGACCAAUUAUGUUGA